UAAUGCUCAUUUUUUAUAUAAACAAUCACAAAAUUACGUAUUAUUUUCGUUUGUAAAUUUUUGCAGUCUUUUCAAUACAAAAAGCUUGCGACACUAACGAAUGCAAAAAAUACAUUCACAAGAAAAGUUGAACAAAGCAUUUGUUUUGCAUACAAAACUCAUUUCAAAAUGCGACUUUUAUUUCUCCGUCGCGGCAUAGAACAGCUUUCCGGAAUUGUUGGUUCUCACCAAAAGAUAUUACCGUCAUCGAUUCGUUUACUUCAUACAAAAACAAAUUUGCAAGCUAUGGAAAAACAAUUACAAAUUGGAGCCUAUCAGAUAAACUUUGUUCAAGCUGGCAGUGGUGAUAAAGGUGUUAUUCUAUUGCCCGGAGCAUUGGGCACCGCCUGGACGGAUUUCAAACCACAAAUCGAACAAUUACCGGCGUUACUCCCGAAUUGUACGGUGAUCGCGUGGGAUCCACCUGGAUAUGGUAAGUCUCGUCCUCCAGAGAAGCAAUUCGGACUGGAUUUUUAUGAAAAAGAUGCGGAAACUGCCGUGCAGUUAAUGGAAAAAGUUGGUUUUCAAAAAUUUUCUGUCAUCGGAUGGAGCGAUGGAGGAAUAACCGGUUUGAUUAUGGCCGGGCGAAAAGCAAAGCAGGUGGAAAAGCUAGUGGUGUGGGGGGCUAACGCGUACAUCACACGGAAAGAAGCUGAUAUAUACAAAAACAUUCGCGACGUAAGCAAAUGGUCUCCUCGGAUGCGAGAACCCAUGGAAGCAGUAUACGGGAAAGAGGAUUUUCCACGAAUCUGGUCCGCGUGGGUAGACGGAAUGAUUGGAAUCUAUGAGCAACGUAAUGGAGACAUCUGUAAUGACUUGCUUGAGCAUAUAAGCGCUCCUACUUUUGUCUUACAUGGAGCGUUGGAUCCCAUGAUUGUUCCCCAGCACGUACCCCAUCUUUUGAACACAAUCACUACUACAGAAUUACACGUUUUCCCGGAUGGUAAACACAACAUCCAUUUGAAAUACGCGGAGGAAUUUAAUAAGCUUGUUAGCGAUUUUAUUAAGCUUUAAAAAAUAUGGUGGUUCGUUGGUAGCGAAUUCCACCUUUUUACUCGUGCGACAACCGAAACACUUUUGAUCGGAAAAGCAUAGAUGAUGUUAUGUGUUUUGAAUCUUUAUUUUCAGUAACGUAACUGUUUAUAUCUUUCAAGAUAA